AUGAAGAUGGCGGCGCCUCUCGCCAGCAAGGCAGGGUCCGCCGGCACCACCAGCAAGCCUCCCUUCCCGGAGCUGGAUUUCCGAUCGGGAGCCAGGGUGGAGGAAUUGAAUAAACUCAUCCAGGAAUUCACCAAGCACGAUCAGAGGGAGUACGACGACCAGCGAGCCCUGGAGAUUCACACGGCGAAGGACUUCAUCUUCUCCAUGCUGGGCAUGGUUCAGAAACUUGACCAGAAGCUGCCUGUAGCCAACGAGUAUCUGCUGCUUUCAGGCGGUGUGCGGGAAGGUGUGGUGGACAUUGACCUCGAUGAGCUGAAUGUUUAUGCACGAGGCACAGACUAUGACAUGGACUUCACCCUGCUUGUGCCUGCGCUGAAGCUGCACGACCGCAACCAACCAGUCACGCUGGACAUGCGCCACUCGGCUCUGUGCCACUCCUGGCUGAGCCUGCGUCUGUUUGAUGAAGGAACCAUCAGCAAAUGGAAGGACUGCUGCACGAUCGUGGACCAUAUCAAUGGAGCUACCAAUUACUUCUUCUCUCCAACAAAAGUUGCAGACUGGUUCUAUGAUUCCAUUAGCAUUGUCCUCUCCGAGAUCCAGAAAAAGCCCCAACGAGGGAUGCCCAAGGUGGAGAAGGUAGAAAAGAAUGGGACUAUCAUAUCCAUCAUUUUGGGAGUGGGCAGCAGCCGCAUGCUGUAUGACAUUGUCCCUGUGGUGUCCUUCAAAGGCUGGCCCGCUGUGGCACAGAGCUGGCUGAUGGAGAACCACUUCUGGGAUGGGAAGAUCACAGAGGAGGAAGUCAUAAGUGGGUUUUACUUAGUGCCUGCGUGUUCCUACAAGGGGAAGAAGGACAAUGAAUGGAGGUUGUCAUUUGCCAGGAGUGAAGUGCAGCUGAAAAAGUGCAUCUCCAGCAGCCUCAUGCAAGCCUAUCAGGCCUGCAAAGCUAUCAUCAUCAAACUGCUGUCCCGCCCCAAAGCCAUUAGUCCAUAUCACUUGCGGAGCAUGAUGCUGUGGGCCUGUGACAGGCUGCCAGCCAGCUACUUGGCCCAGGAGGAUUACGCAGCCCAUUUCCUCCUGGGUCUCAUUGACGAUCUCCAGCACUGCUUGGUUAACAAGAUGUGCCCUAACUAUUUCAUCCCCCAGUGCAAUAUGCUGGAGCACCUCUCUGAAGAGACUGUUAUGCUGCACGCAAGGAAGUUGUCCUCGGUCCGCUCAGACCCCGCCGAGCACCUUCGAACUGCCAUAGAACAUGUCAAAGCAGCCAACCGACUGACACUUGAGCUCCAGCGGCGGGGCAGCACCACCAGCAUCCCCUCCCCGCAGUCAGAUGGAGGGGACACCAACCAGCCUGAUGACCGAUUAGCCAAAAAGUUGCAACAGCUAGUGACUGAGAACCCUGGGAAGUCCAUCUCUGUCUUUAUUAAUCCAGAUGAUGUCACAAGGCCCCACUUCAGAAUUGAUGAUAAAUUUUUCUGAGCUUUCGGCGGUGUUUCUUGGGAUUUUUUAUUUUGUUUCUUUUCAAAAACUCUUGCAGUGUGCAGGUUUUUUUGUUUGGUUUUCCUUGAUGACUUAGUCUCUUGGUUUUUACAUAUCCAGCGUAGAUUGGAUCUGUUGAGAACAAUCUGAAUAAAUUAUAAAUCCUGGUUCUGCGGGAGGGUGCAGAUUUUGAAACAGUAUAUUACUAUUUCAUAUGCUGCUUUUGAUUUUUUUCACCCACCCUGCCCCAUUGUCUGUGAGUAGUUUCUAAAGGAGAACAUGCAUCGUAAACACAUGCCACAGUGUAAUGUAACAGUUUUUUUCAAGCUUCCAUAAUUUAUGUACGUGGUUGAGCCCGGAGAAAGGACAACUCAUCUUUUAUUGCUUUGGAAAUUCACUUCUUUUUCCAUGAGCUUCCAUCACCCUAAAGAAAUGAGGAGAGACUGGGUUGGAAAGCACUGCUGGUAAUUUGAUGAGGCCAAAUGUGCUGGGCUGAAGCCCAGUUCAUCUGUUCUUCACACUUCUCACACUAGGGGAGAAAGUUGACUUUAAAGAUGAUGCAGCAUUUGGGGGAAAGAGUUGUUUCUGUUUUGAUCUACUUUUUGAAUGUAAUUGUUCAUUAAUUGGACCUUGUACAGUCCAGAGGGUUGUUUCUGCUGCUUUUCCAUGCGGAAUAAGGUUAUGGAAUGUUAGUUUUAGUGUGUGUAAUUAUUCAAAGCCUUAUUUAAAUUCUAUUAAAGAACAUACCAUUUUAAAUGUAA